UUCCGGUUGUAGCAGCCUGCUGUUUAUGUUACUGUAGUACUACGUGUAUUUAUAUUUAAUCAAGACAUAGCGUGCACAUUGUUUUAUACCCGAGAUGGAUAUACUAAAAGCUGAGAUCGCAAGGAAAAGGAAACUUGUGGAAGGAAAGCAGCUCGUUGACGAAACAAAAAGAUUCUUCAAAAGGUCUGAUCUUGCUCGCAAGGAGCAAGAAGAUUAUUACAGACGAUGUGGCUACAAGGUUCAGCGAGAGAGUCCUGAGAGCCAGGUUGAUAAAGAAGAAGAAGAAGAGCCUUCCACUGCAGCUAACCCUGUGUUAGAGCUGGAGUUAACAGAAGAGAAGCUGCCAAUGACACUGUCACGACAGGAGGUAAUCAGACGGCUUAGAGAACGUGGUGAACCUAUCCGACUGUUUGGAGAGUCAGACUAUGACGCUUUUCAGAGACUACGAAAGAUUGAGAUCCUGACCCCAGAAGUGAAUAAGGGUUUGAGAAACGACCUAAAAGCUGCUAUGGACAAGAUCGACCAGCAGUACCUGAAUGAGAUUGUUGGAGGAACAGAGUCAGGAGAAGGGGAUACACAGCAUGACCUUAAAGUUCAUGAAGAAAACACAACUAUAGAAGAACUAGAGGCCCUUGGAAAAACUCUAGGCACAGGAGAUGACCAUGGAGACCAGGAUGUUAUUGACAAGUUUUUAAGGUUUCUUCUUGGUGUUUGGGCCAAAGAUCUGAACAGUCGGGAAGAUCAUGUGAAGCGAAGCGUCCAGGGAAAACUGGCCAGUGCAACCCACUCACAGACAGAGUCCUACCUUAAACCUCUUUUCAGGAAGCUCAGGAAGAAGAGUUUACCAGCUGACAUCAAAGAGUCAAUCACAGACAUCAUUAAGUUCAUGCUGGAGAGAGAAUAUGUUAAGGCAAAUGAUGCCUAUCUGCAGAUGGCCAUUGGUAACGCUCCAUGGCCCAUUGGUGUGACUAUGGUGGGUAUUCAUGCCCGUACAGGACGAGAAAAGAUCUUCUCCAAGCACGUGGCCCACGUUCUCAACGAUGAGACACAGAGAAAAUACAUCCAGGGACUGAAGAGGCUAAUGACCAUCUGCCAGAAACACUUUACAACUGAUCCAUCAAAGUGUGUGGAGUACAACGCUCUUUAACUUCUGACUUCAGCUUCACUGACAUAAUGGCUGUCAGGUCCAGUUUGACAUAAUUCAAACAGAUUUAUUUUCACUGCAGAUAAGUUGUGCGCUCUGGCACAACAGUAGUCGAGAAACUUCUCAAAAUCUUGUAUAUCAAGGGGCAUCAUCGACCACUUGUGCAUUUUGCAGGGAAAACUGAAAAAAUGUACCCUUUUCACCGAAUAACAUUUAUUUACAUUUGAAAUUUCAGUUGUUGCUUGAGACAUAAGUUACUUAACUUAUGGUCUGUUAAGUAAAUUAUUUGCAGGAAAGAUAUGAUCAUGUGAGUUUUAUUACAUCAAAGUUCUUUUCUCUUUUUUGACAGGUUAGAGCAGUAAAGUUCAGUUUCAAAAGCCUAUUUUAAACUUCUGUGUUUUCUGAUCAUUGAACCAAUCAAUCUGUCUCUUUAUUAUUCCAUCAAAAAAUAAAGUUGAUUUAUUACA